CAUUUAUGGCUCUAGAUGGAACCAGAAAAGGGGAAACGAGUCUCAUUUGUCCCUUCCCUCGGUCCACCCGCCCUGAGGAGCAGCCCAGGUGACUGUCCUGUCUCCUCUUCCCCAGUCCACCUGGAAGGCCGCUGUGGGGAAAGGACAUUUGAUUGCAGAGACGUGGCCUUCAUCGUUGGCGAAGAAGAAGACCACGACAUUCCCAUCGGAACUGACACAGCCCUGGAGAAGAUGCAGCGGGGAGAACACUGUGUACUGUUCCUCGGAUCACGGUAUGGUUUUGGAGAGGCAGGGAAGCCUACAUUUGGCAUUGAACCGAAUGCUGAGCUUAUGUAUGAAGUUACACUGAAGAGCUUUGAAAAGGCCAAAGAAUCCUGGGAGAUGGACACCAAAGAAAAACUGGAGCGGGCUGCCAUCGUCAAAGAGAAGGGAACUGUGUACUUCAAGGGAGGCAAGUAUGGGCAGGCAGUGAUUCAGUCCGGGAAGAUAGUGACCUGGUUGGAGAUGGAAUACGGCUUAUCAGAAAAGGAGUCUAAAGCUUCCGAAUCCUUUCUGCUGGCUGCCUUCCUGAACCUGGCCAUGUGCUACCUGAAGCUCCAAGAACACAUCAAAGCUGUGGAGUGCUGCGAUAAGGCCCUGGGACUGGACCGCACCAACGAGAAGGGCUUGUACCGCAGGGGCGAGGCCCGUCUGCUCAUGAACGAGUCCACGCUGGCUGAGGGCGACUUCGAGAGGGUGCUGGAGGUGAACCCCCAGAACAAGGCCGCGAGGCUGCAGAUCUCCGUGUGCCGGAAGAAGGCGAAGGAGCACAACGCAGACCGCAAGACCCACGCCAAUAUGUUUGCGAAGUUCGCAGAGCGGAACGCCAAGGAAGAGGCCAGUAAAGCAGUGGGCAAGAAGACGUUAGAAGGAGUCGCCGGUCAAAAAGACACAGGAAGUCCAGCAGAGGAAGAAGGGCGAGCUGGAGACCACGUAUGACCCCACGCAGAGGAGGGAAGAGUCCCAGUGAGCUCGGCCUGCUCCCCGGGCUUUCCCCAACUCAGGACCGACCGUGUUUGGUGUGCAGUUUGUCACAGUCUGUGUGAUUCUGGAAGCAAAUGGCAAAACCAGUGGUCCCCACAAAACCACCCCUGCUGCUGCCCAGGGCUGUCACUGAGGGGAGGCGUGGGACCACUGUGGGGACACAGACAGGUGGCCGUUGGUGUGGAGAGGUGCAGCCAGCAGCGGAAGUCCAGCUCAUUUCAGUUCAGGUCAGCUUCCCCCAUGCAGUGCAGGGUCCCCCGGAUGGUCCUGACCAUCGGGGCUGUCUAUGAGGUGUCACAUGGGGUGGAAUUUCAGUAGCACUUCAGAAACCUGAAAAUGAAUGCCCACUGAAUUUCUCCUUUCCUGCAGACGGGUGGGGGAAAGGAGGUGGAGGUCUGUUUUCAAUCACUGAAGUGCUGUGACUGUGACUGUUGUGUUUUAACCAACAGAAUCCACAGUGGAGCGGCUGCUGGCCCCUCAGGUCCACAGCAGCAUCACAGACUUGGCACCAAGAACCUCACAGGCCACUUGCUUGCAGGCUAGCCCCACCCUCUCCUUAGUGAGCCCGCCCCCCUCUGAGCUGGCUUUCCACCACACUGGCCUGUCCCUGAGGAGGAAUUCUGUCCUUCCUAAAGCUCUCUUCAGCAAUGACAGGGAGCAGAGGGGGUGUCUGGAUUAGUUUUCUGUGUUUUGGGUGAAGUUCUGAGAGGCCGAAGUGUGUCAAGAGCAAUCAGAAUCGUGCAUUUCCCUUCGUCUGCUCCUUUUAGGAAACAAUGUGACCGCAGUCCCACCUGUCAGCCCCGCUGCUACUCAGUACCUGGUCUCCACGCCAUCCCCUGCUGUUAGGAAUGUCCGACUUGCUCUUGUACCGUCUCUGACCGGGAGGGGAUGUGUUUACACAUCCACAUAGGACCCGUGCAGCUUUUUUUGUUGUCCUUUAAAACUUACUGGCUCAUAAACAUUUGUAUGUACCCUGGUUUAUGGAACUUAUUUACAAUCCUCUCUCAUGAAAAAACCCGCCUUGACUUCUUACUAUUAAGUAGCUGAAUUUUUAAAAACAAACUCUGGGGUUGGAAAAAUCAGUGGUCGCUCUCCCGCGUUAGGGUGUUCCUCGCAGACUGACAGGCAGCGGCUUCCUUUCCCUGCGCCGAGAGCUCCUCUGUGCUGCUGCGGGUGUGACAGAGAGUGAGGAAGCUUCCCGUGCAGGCGCAUCCAGCUCACAGUCCCCAACACUGGGGACUGAGUUAGGGCGAGUCUCCACAUCCCCACACGUCACUGAGUCUUAGUCCUUCCGGGUAAACAAGGUGAGCCUGGCUUUCUGGCCCCACAGCCUAAGGAGCACUCCUGGGAAUGCUUUUGGAGACCUACAGCACUCACUUCAGCCUGCAGCAUCUCACUGCUUUACAUCGUAAAGACCACCGGCAAUUAUAUUUUAGAUUCCCUUUAAUUCUGUGGUGGUUUUAACAAAACACUUUCAUUAUCGGGUUAGGGCUCAUUUUAAAACUAAAUGUCAUUUGUUUUUCUACCUGGGUUCUUAGCCAUGGAACAAAUGGAAUUAUAUUCUGUUUCACCAUUAAUGACAUCUAAAAUUCUUUUAAAUUCUCAGUCAUGCAUUUUUCUUUUUCCAUGAGAUAUUUCUUUCAAAAGCCCCAAAUCUUCCCUAGGAAAUAUGAAAAGCAAGAGUUGAUUUGGCUCGUUUGCUCAGCUGUUUAGCGUUUGCAGCUCUGUGGGCGAGAGCAUGACCCCAGUGAGCCCGAGACUGAGACUUGAUCCU